AUACUCGGCUCUUUCUUCGCCGCUGUGGUACUCGUCGGGACCCUCGCGGGACCGUAUGUGGUGACAGCGGCGGCUCUGCUCGCGCCCGGCACCGCUGCGGGAAUGGCGGCACCUCCUGAACGCCGGAGCCGUUCCGGACCGAACUGCUCGCACCGUCCGGGAAGGAAGGUAUCGGACCGAAAAUAAUUCUGGAAGCAGGGUUGGAAGGAAUCUUUUCCUGCAUCUCGUGUCAUGGAUGAGUCAUUACAGAGUUUCAGUGCCAAAGGUUAUCUGUCCUUCCAGGAGUUCAACCUGAAAUUCCUCGCUGGAAAUUUUGUUGUCUUGUGUCCUUUGUCAGUAGUACUGAAGAUUUGAUUGUUGCACAUCAAGAAGCAAGUUCUAUCACUUGUCCCUUGAGAUGCACUCUUAAUUACGGCAAGUGUUUUUUGAUACGUAAUUUGAGCAACACUAGUCCUGUGAUAUCUUGUCAGCAUGGAACACUAUGCUCUAACUGUGUGUAGUUGUGUAACUUUGGGUCAGCACUGCAGUAGUCUCCAAGUUGAGUUCAACAACCUUUUAUAUUGCAGAAUUGUCUUCUAGUAGAGUCUGCAUCAAACUUGCAUACUGAUUUGCAUCUAAAAAACCAGGAAGACGAUGAAGGGGCUGUACUCAGGGAUGGACACAAGACUCCAGUGAGAUCCCAAGUCAAACUCCUGCUGAAGAUGCAAAGAACUGAAACUACAGCAUCUUCAGAGACCCCAUAAGCAUUCCUUUUAUACAGACCACAGCGAUUCCAUCCUGCUGCCUCGUGGACUUGACAUCAAACAGAUGAAGUUCUAUGUUUUUUCUCAUCCUCAGUUUUGCAGUUAGUAACACAGGGAAGUAAUGACUAAAUUUAAACCAUACGCUGAGUAGGAUGCAAGAGAUAAAGUUGCUCAUGAAAAGAAGGCAGUGGAUGUAAUCUUUCUGGAUUUUAAUAAGGCUUUUCAUACCAUUUCUCACAGCAUCGUUCUGGUUAAAUGGUCCAACCAAGAUAUGCAGGUUUCUGCUACAUUGGUGGCAAACUGGCUCAACAGCAGAACUUACAGGUUAUAGUAAGUGGGACUGUACCUGGCUAGUGACCAGUCAGUAAUGGUAUGCGUCAGGGCUCAAUUCUACGUUUUUAUCAUCAUCUCGGGGGGUUAAAUGCAUCUGUAUCAAGUUGAAUGACAAUUCUAAACCAGCAAGUGUUGGGAGUAUUGGCUGAUCCUCAGCAUCACAAAGUUCAGCACAGUCUGAGGCACAUGUUGUCUUCCCAUGUGUGGGCAGCCCAGAGCAUGGCUGGCCCAGGUGGGUGUCUCCAGCAGACCUUCUGUCUCUGUGGAUCAGAACGUGGUCCCAGAUGUCUCCAGUCCCUUGUGCUCCCACUGCUUCUCGACAGGCGAAGUCAGCAUGUACUGCCUAUGCUGAUGGAACUGCCAGUUUUAACAGAUUCAUCGUGUGAAUGCAGAUGGGUGAAAAACAGUCAAAAAUCUGUGAAGAAAAACUUUCAGAGUGACAUUCAGUCAGAACUGGUAGAACUAUCAUUGCCUUUUACUUCAUUAUUCUUACGCAGUACUGAAGGAACUGAGUUCAACCGUGCUUCGCAAAGCAGUCAGGACUUAAAGUCUUACCUGCUCAUAGGAGGCUCCAAAACUGGAAAAGGUCAUUAACAGGCGCGAGGAGGAAAAGAUGGAUGUAUUUAGAGCACUUGGAAAUGAGACGCUGUUGUCCAAUUCCUCUGGUCCUGCUCGAUGGGAUCCCUUCCACCGUCCUUUGGACUCCAUCCAGCCCUGGCACUUCAGGCUUGUGGCAGCAGUGAUGUUCGUGGUGACCUCCCUGUCUCUUGCUGAGAACCUGGCUGUGAUCCUGGUAACUUUUAAGUUCAAGCAGCUGAGACGACCUGUCAAUUACGUUAUAGUGAAUUUAUCUGUGGCUGAUUUCCUGGUCUCACUGACUGGUGGCACCAUUAGCUUUUUAGCCAAUCUGAAAGGCUAUUUCUAUAUGGGGCACUGGGCUUGUGUACUGGAAGGAUUUGCUGUCACUUUUUUUGGCAUUGUGGCUCUCUGGUCUCUUGCUCUUCUGGCUUUUGAGCGGUAUGUCGUGAUCUGCCGCCCACUGGGAAAUAUGCGCUUGAGAGGGAAGCAUGCUGCCCAGGGAAUUGCCUUUGUGUGGACCUUUUCCUUCGUUUGGACCAUUCCACCAACCAUGGGUUGGAGCAGCUACACCACCAGUAAGAUUGGAACUACCUGUGAGCCUAAUUGGUAUUCAGGAGCUUAUAAUGAUCGUUCCUACAUUAUUGCAUUCUUCACCACCUGUUUUAUAGUGCCUUUAUUGGUAAUUUUGGUAUCCUAUGGGAAACUGCUGCAGAAGCUAACAAAGGUGUCAGAUACACAAGGCAGGUUGAGAACUGCCAGGAAACCUGAAAGACAAGUGACUAGAAUGGUGGUUGUUAUGAUCAUUGCUUUUCUGAUCUGCUGGAUGCCAUAUGCCACCUUUUCUAUCCUAGCCACUUCAUACCCUUCCAUUGAACUGGAUCCUCAUCUGGCAGCAAUUCCAUCUUUCUUUUCCAAAACGGCUACUGUUUAUAAUCCAGUUAUUUAUGUCUUUAUGAACAAACAGUUCAGGAAGUGCCUGAUACAGAUGUUCAGGUGUAGUGCCAUAGAGUCUGCAGAGUCCAACAUGAGCCCAACUUCAGAGAGAGCAACGCUCACCCCAGACAAAAGGGGCAGUCAAUUGUCUACCAUGGCAGUACGAAGCACCAUUUCUUAGAGGAAAAAUGGAGAUGAACACAGAAAUUGCAUUUAUUUUGCUCAGCUGACAGCUUCAGGAAACAAGAUUUGUCUCUUGCAAAAGGUAGAUAUGAUCAUUAAUGCAAUACAGCAGUGUGUUUCCUCAUUACCCCAUCACUUCAUACUAAAGAUGUCAUUGGGGCCAUUGUGCUCUGUCUCAUAGACACUAACUUUGAGAUUCUGAGCUCCCAAGUGCAUAUAAGAGCUGCUUGGCUGUGCAGUUGCAGUUGAAGACCAACCAGAAAGUGAGUCCCUUUCUGUGUUUGUCUCAGCAAUAAUACUUGACCCCUGGUGUAAAACAAUGGAAGCCCAGCAUUAUUGUGCUGACACAUAAUACAGCAAAGAAAAGAGUUUCAUUGAUGACUGUGCCUUAGUCAGCUGGGCAAAAAUAUGAAGUGAUGCAUGGCUUCAGUACGUUAAUGGAAAAUGAGUAAUACUUAGCACAUAGCUGACUCAAGCUCAACCACACAGAGAUUCAUGGAGACACAGGCUUGAGUGCCUUUUGAUUUGUUCGGAAAUUUUUACUAAAAAAGCAGAGGAAGCAUGAGGUCUCUGCACUUAUGUCUAUCCCAGAUGAGAACCUCAUUCGGGCCACUAAAUUUUCCAACACCGUGGAUGAGCUAUGCAUACUUCCAAGGACUUUGUUAUUAAGAGCCAUUCAUAUUCUUUAUGUCCUCUGUGCCAAGAAAUCUGUACUAGUGGCAACUUUGAAAUAAAUCAACUAAUGCCAUCCUUUAGUGUGUGGGGGGGGUGACAAUCUUGUACCUAUUUGUCAAUUCUCUUUAUUAGAGAAAUUUAGUUGCAAGGUAUAGCAGAGUGUAAUACUUACAGAGUAUUCUUAAAAUAACUAAUUUGUUUAAUUUUAUUUACACGAUGCUCUUUGUCUUAAUGCCAGAUUAGAAAAAACAGAUAAAAUUCGGAUUAUUUUCUUAGUAGAAAGGUUGUUCAUGUUCCCUGAUUUCAUUUUAGAGGGGUUAGAUCUAAGAAUGGGAAUUACUCUACAAAUUACUUGAGCUGCAUGUGUGAGAAUUCAUUGCAAGCCACCUGUGGUUCUGAUACUCAUCAAAUUUCAUUAGAUAGUUGGCUUUUACAAUAUGAUUUUAACCUCCGUAAACUUGAAUUUUCACGGUGCUCAAUAUUAAACCCAAACUAUAAACCUCAUUAUGAAAGCUACAUCUUUGCACAAUUCCUGUUCUUUACCACUAACUCCAUGUUAUCUACAUCAGAAAAGUCAAUACAUGUAUAAGGCUCUUAAUUUUUUUUUAAAAUAUUCUAAGACAGGAGAGUUAAGACACUGAGUUAUUAUUUGUGUGCACACCUUUGUGUUCAUUAGUUUGUUUUUAAAAAAAGAAUCUUUGCAUUUAAGACACACAUUUUCUCUUUCAAGCAUACUUUGACCUAGGUUAAUCACACAUCAAUGGUAUGAGACAUAUUAAAUCAUGAGGAACUGGCAGUAGUGUUAAUAUUUAAUUAAAAGCAACAGAAGUAUUUUAUGUCCUGAGAAUUUGAGGAAAUGUAUUUUUCUGUACAUAUGAAAGUAAAGCAUCAAAACUUAAGUAACGAAAAAGAAAGGCACAACAUGAAGAUGCAUGGAAAACCUAGGAAAAUAAUAAGUUAAAAUUGUUUUUGCAAUGUGAUUAUCAUCUGUGAUUCAGAAUCUGGUGACACAACACAGCCAGCCCUGGCAGCACAGGUGGAAGCAAUUCACCUGUGAGACCAGAAGGGGUGGAUCCUGGCUCCACCUCUCCCUACUCUUAUUUAAGGGCUGGCAGCCAGAAAGGAAGGGUCUCUAUGGAGAGAUUACCUCCUUUGGAGUGUUGGGUGAGCCCUGAUCCUUGGAAAGGGGUAAAUGUUUCCUCUGUCAGUUGGUUGUGACUGCUACCUUUCUUGGGUGAUCCAAAAUCAGUUGAAGGCAAUUAUAUCUGUUGCUACUUAUCAUUUCAUUAUUAUUUAUCUUUAUCAUUCUAAUACAAGUUACUCAUCAUGAAGUUGUAUGGGUGAGUCUUUUAGAGUAUUGCACCAAGGAGAAUAUGGGUUGUUUCUAUAAGUUGUGAUCAGCAGUUUGUAAUCAAGGCAAUAUCUCCACUAACACACUCAGUACAUAAAUAGAUAGUGUGAAGUUGGCUGUGGGUCACAUUUCCAUUGUGCACGGUGAAGUGGAUAGUCUGACAUGAGGCUUUGGAUUACUGCACUCAAAACAUCAAAAGGGAAGAUAUUCAUAGAGCAACUUUAGGGCAAUAUUCACAUUUCAGCCAGAGAGCAGGCAAACAACUUUGGCUAGUUGGUGAGGAAAAGAGAACUGCAGUACAAAGGGAAAAGAAAGGAACUGUGAAAUUACAUGAGACUGAACUAAAAAGUCAUGACACUGAGCCCUUCCUCCUUUUGGCUCAUCGUAAGUGCUAGAAAGAGAAGGCAAGGUUCUCUCCAGCUCAUAUAGAGGAGCCCUUAAUAUAUAUAUAUUAUAACCACCUGGAUCCCUCCAGUCAGAAACCCUGAACUACUAUCAUACAAUUUUUACUUACAGUUUUAGCUUCUGUGAGAAUAUCUGUUCAAAGAAGGAAUGAAUAUGGCUUCCCAGAGUACAGGAGACGGUCUUGCUGCGGAUGAUAACAGGUUGAUGGGAGAAAAGAGGAGUAGCAGCCAUGGAAAAAUCUCAGGAGAGAUGAUCAGAAAAACAGUUUUGGAUAUAGAAUGUUGAAAAUAAUUGUGAAACAUGCAGAACAGAGGCUGGCUGAAACAAAGGGUUAGGAAAUAUGGAGAUAUAUUAGAAAUAAAAGCCAAGAUUUGUAUAGUCUUAAUGUAUGAACCCACAGGAGUGGAGGCUUAUGUUAUGCAGGAUAAAGAGGACAGUGAAACAAGAGACAUGCUUGUGUCCUGAGCAGACAGGUCAAGUACUGAAUACUGAGGAAAAACAGCAGGGUAUGAUGGUAGGAUGGAAAACAUUAACAGUACCAUGAAAGAUAAGUGGAAAAUACAAUCUGGAACACUGAGUUUAUAGAUGUUACAGCACUUGCUGAGAAGCAGUUUGUCAGGAUUAAAAAAGGGGUGAAAGUCUGACUGGGGAAAGUGGAAUUUGAGGCGUAGAAGUAGGGCAUGGUACAUGAAGUGCCACUAAUUUCCAGGAAGUGAAAGACAUGAGAUGGUGGCUGGAAGCGGUGGUAUUCCCCAGCAGCUUUCUGAAGAGAUCUAGUUUAUCACUGUUAGGGGAAGUAAGUAGCAAAGCAGAAGAAAUUGAAGCAAAGAAAACGUAGAAGAGAAAUAGAAGCAAGCACUCAUUCAGUUCAUCAUGAAUUAAACGUUAAACAUAGCUAAGCAAGAUCUAAGUUAUAUGCAAGGGCUCAUCAUCUACAGCUGCAUUCCUUGUGUGAAGCUCUAUCUCAUGUUCUGCAUGUAACUCGUGGCCUAACUACCACUGCUAACAUUUGAUUGCACUCCUUUCACACCAGUUCCUCUAGAACUUUAAUGGUUUACAUUUACAGUUGUCUUAUAUCAUCUUAUCUCCAUAUUAGACAAGUGCUUUGACGUGCAGCAAGCAUAGAUGUAAAAAUGUAGGCUGCAACAGAAUGACAUGAAAAUUAGCUCUUCUAGGAAAACAGGAAAUUAAUAUUAGAAUCUAAUUAAUUCUUCUUUCAUGUGGAGAAUCAAUUAGACUUAAUAGGACCAUGGAGGCAUCACAGGUGUUUUCUUUCCAUCAAAUGAAGCCUACACCACUGAACAACCACUAAUUAAUCAUUCUGAUAAAGCACAGUAUCAGCAGUUCUCACUGUCUGUAACUCCUUUUUUUUUUUUUUUUUUUUUUUUUUUCCUUUCCCCACUUCCCUGCAAGUAUUUUCUAUCAAGGGCAAGAUUUUGUUUGGUUUAUUAUCGUGAAAAUUACCGUAAUUGUGGGAAAAAAGCAUUUUCCUGAAGGAAUUAGUUAUUAACAUCUGCACAUAUGAACAAAUGUUUUUUGAAGAUGCCUACCAGCAUCUAGUUCCAGCACUAAUAUUCUGUAUCUUAAACGUGAUAUUUUAUCUACUGAAGGUUCCUAUCUUCGAUACAAGAAGGAACAACAGAAACUGUGGGAGUUUUUGUGUUAAAAUAUUCAGUAUCAUUUCAGGAGGACACUUAUUUUUUUCCCGUUCUGUUAGAGUGCUUUUUAAAAUGUGUCAACAUCUUGACGUAUAGCUUAUACCCCAAUGAAACAAUAUUAGCUUUGAUAGAAAGCAUUAUAAAGUUUGUAGAAGUUUUUCAAUGUAACAAUAACAAAAAAAAAGAAACAGAUUUACAAUAAGAAUGGGAGCAUGAGAUGGCGUUCUUUCAGUGUUGAUUUUUGGGUUUUAUUUUUAGUAUAAUAGUCAUUAAGAGACACCGUAUGUGUUAGGUACAGGGCAUGAAGGUUUUACCAUAAGCACUGUUUAAGUUACGCUGUGAAUGCUGUUAAUGAUCUUAAUGAUUUCAUGACUGGCAUGUAUGAUUGCAGCUGAAAACAAUAUGCUCACAUACUGUUUUGAUAAACUGCUUCUUAUGUCCUUGAAUUUUCAUUUUACCACCAAGAGAAUGCCUAGAAAUUACAUCAGUUUCCUAGAUGAUGCUGUAAGAGAUGUUUCUGUUUCUCAAAAUUAGCCAGUACAACACUAUACCAUUCUUCUGCUUUGUGAUCACUUAUUAAAUUUUAAUUAUGCAACCUA